AUGUCACUCCCACAACCCCUCCCCCUCGAACCAAAUGCCCUCUACAUCCUCCUCCUCGACCUAGGCGGCAGCUGCCUCUUCGAAUGGAGACUAUACCUCGCGUCAACGCACACAACCGGCCAAACCUUCCACAUAACCAACGAGACAGGCCCAGUAAACUGGCAAUACAAAAGCGAAGCCGUGUACAACAUAGCAAGCGACAUGCGGGUGGUGCUAGCGCUGCAAAUUGGCGUCGUCGGGCCCGUGCUGCACGCCGCGCUGGGGUCACGUCUGGCACUCGUCCCGCUGACGCUGUACUCGGCUCGGUUCCGGGAGGGGCUUUCUUGCCGCGUGUGGGUCCAGGAGGCGCUUUUUGCGUUGGAUGAUGAGGGAUAUCUGGAUCUUACCAGGAGUGUUGUGGAUAUCGAGCAGGAGGCUAGACAGCUUGGGAUGCUGAAUAAAAGUCGGGGGUCUAGGUCGGUGGUUAGGAGUAGGGGGUUUGUGGGUUGA